AUGGCAGAUGUAGCGGAGUCACAUGACGAGGAUAGGAAGUUCAUGAAAAGAGCCUUUCAGUUGGCACAGGAAGCACUUGACAAUGACGAGGUCCCUGUGGGCUGCGUAUUUACGUAUAAUGGAGUGGAAGUGGGGUAUGGUCGGAAUGAAGUCAACUGCACUAAAAAUCCUACUGCUCAUGCUGAGAUGGUGGCCCUGUGUAGAAUGCAACGAUUGCAUCUUUCUUGUAUGAUUGAAAAUCAACUCUUAAGUGGUUUUGUCAGACAUGAUAUGACAACUUUAGGUAUAUCGAAGAUUGUAUAUGGAGCUGCAAAUGAGAGAUUCGGCGGCAUCAAGAGUGUUGGUAACUCGCUUAAGUAUAACCUUGGCGAGUCUAAUAUCGAGGUCAGUGGCGCCGAUCAAUCAAUAGCCUUGUUGAAGUCAUUCUAUACAAAACAGAAUCCAUUCGUUCCGGAGGAGAAGCGAAAAGUGAAGAAAUUGGUUAAAUGUGAUAAUGAGUUUUCAUAG